AUUUGUGUAUAUUAUUUUGGAAAAAGAAAACUAAUCAAAGCUGUAUAGAUUCAUUAAUUAGUAUUUUAUAUGAUCAAAUAUAUUUUUGUCAAAUUAUAAAACAAUAAUGUUUUGAAUAUUUUUUAGAAAUCAGAUGUUGAUAAACAACUGUCUAACCUGCGAACUGUAGAAUUUAACAUGACGCCACACAGAAUAAAAAUUGAAGAAGAAUUAGUUGCUUUACAAGCCACAGUUGAUUCUACUACUCGACAGAAUGAUGAAUUAGUUUUAAAAACUGAAAUGCUGUCAACAGAAUUAAACGAAUUAAAAAAAAAAUUAGAAAAUGUAGAGAUUAUGAAGUCAAAUCUAGAAUUAAAACUGGGCGAAUCAGAGGAUUUAAAAAUUUUGGAAAACACAAAAUGGUUUGAAUGUUGUCGAAAAAUAAUUGAACAUACAUUUGAUAUAUUAGAUGAUCCUUCAAUGUCUUCAUAUACUUGCUCUCCUGAGUGUUUGAUCUUAAUAAAAGAUAAACUUGUUGAAGCCAUUAAUAGAGGAAAAGACAAUGCUGCGGUAUUAGCUCACUAUAUUGCCAUGUAUGUUGUAUUUGGAAAAGCAGUAUCCAAUACGAAGUCUAAUCUAAAUGAUGCUCAAAGUUUGGCGGAUAGAUGCAAAGACGUUAGCAGAACAAGUGUUAAACUUUUAACUGCUUGGCAAACUGGUAGUAAAAUCGGAGAAUAUUGUGAAGAUUUAAAAAGUGCUGUGAAUGAUGUUGAAUCUAUGGCUCUUUCUACACAAGCGACCGAAUCAUUAGGAGAUUUAGUAGAAGAUGAAUUAUCAACCAUGGACAAAGCUAUCGAAGAAGCAGCAAAUCGCAUUCAGGAAAUGAUAACGGAAACAAGAGCUGCUCAUUCUGGAAUAAAACUCGAAGUCAACGAACAGAUAUUAGAUUCAUGCACAUCACUUAUGGCAGCAAUAAGAGUUUUGGUACACAAAUCGAAAAAACUUCAAUUCGAAAUUGUUGCCAAUCAAGGUAAUGAAGGAUCAGCAAAAGAGUUUUAUAAGCGUAAUCAUCAGUGGACAGAAGGACUCAUUUCUGCAGCUAAGUCAAUUGGCUUUGGUGCCAAAGGUCUCUUGGACGCGGCAAAUGAUGUUGUUAGUGCUGAUGGUAAUCUGUCGAGAUUAAUUGUAGCAUCCCAUAGUGUAGCAGCAGGAACUGCCCAACUAGUUGUUGCUAGUCGUGUUAAAGCGCCUCGAGGUAGUAGAAAUUUAGAUGAAUUAUCAAAAGCAUCUCGUGAUGUUACUAAUGCUACAGCAACAGUAGUAGCAACUGCGAAGUCGUGUACACAAUUGGUACAACAGCCAGGUAUAUUUGUUUUAGUAGUAUUUUGUUUUGAUAAUUUAUGUUAAUAUAAUAUUAUUAUUAUUAUUA